AUGGCCAAAUCCAAGAACUCGUCCCAGCACAAUCAAUCCAAGAAGGCUCACAGGAACGGCAUCAAGAAGCCGAAGACCCACCGAUAUCCUUCUCUGGCGGGCACCGAUCCUAAGUUCCGAAGAAACCACAGACACGCACUGCACGGAACCAUGAAGGCGCUGAAGGAGGUCAAGGAGGGAAAGAGAGAAGCCGCAUAG